GCAUCUUCCCACCUGGGGGCGUAGCCGGACCACAAGCGGCUUCCCGCAGCCUCCUGCGUCACUCGAAAAAGUAGUUUUGCCCGGGCAACAUGGCCCGGAAGCGGGCCGUCUGCAAGGAGUCGAGGGGGCACGAACCACGCAGCCAAAAGGCCAAGGGUAGGAGCACUGUCCAGCGUGAAGAAAAGGAGGCAGAUGUUUUUGAAGAUGAAAAACCCCCCAAGGAGAGUCUGCUCUCAAAAGCCUCACAGGGAAAGAGGAAGAGGGGCCGUGGUGGUCCUGGGGGCCCAGCAGAUGCUCCAGCAAAAAAGAAAGUGGCCAAGGUGACUGUGAAGUCUGAAAACCUCAAGGCUGUAAAGGAGGAAGACUUCAGUGAUGGGGAAGAUUUCAGGGACUUUACAAGUGCCUGCAGGAAGGGGCACCAUCCACAGAGAGAGGCGGCCGUGGACAAAGACAGCCAUGAAGGAGACGACGAGGAGGAAAGUGAAGAUGACUGGGAAGAGGUCGAAGAACUUAGUGAGCCUGUACCAGGUGGUGUGGGAGAAAAUGCAGCCUUCUCUCAGUCUGUCCUGCCUAUGAAGCCAGUGGAGAUAGAGAUUGAAACACCGGAGCAGGCGAAAGCAAGAGAAAGAAGUGAAAAAAUACAAAUGGAGUUUGAGACAAGUCUUCGGAGGCUGAUGAAGCGUUUCAGUAAGGAAGUCCACGAGAACACACACAAGGUUCACCUUCUGUGCCUGCUGGCAAAUGGCUUCUAUCGAAAUAGCAUCUGCAACCAGCCUGAUCUGCAGGCUAUUAGCCUCUCCAUCAUCCCAACCCACUUCACCAGAGUGCCUCCUCAAGACAUGGAUAUCUGCUACCUGUCAAACCUGGUGAAAUGGUUCAUUGGAACAUUUACAGUUAACACUGAGCUUUCAAUCAGUGAGCAAGACAACCUACAGACUACGCUGGAAAGGAGAUUUGCGAUUUACUCUGCACGAGAUGAUGAGGAAUUGGUCCACAUACUGUUACUGAUUCUCCGGGCCCUACAGCUUCCAACCCGACUGGUAUUAUCUCUCCAGCCAAUUCCUCUGAAGUUAUCAGCAGCCAAGGGAAAGAAACCUAAAGAGAGAUCCACAGAGGGUCCUGGAGGCUCCUCAGAAACGUCCAGCCUAGUUUCAGAAAACCAGACCAAACCGAAGAACAGCAGAGGAACCAGAAAAAAGAACACUUCUUCUAAGGACACUAGCAGUCCAAGUGCCAAAGGGAAGAGGAGCAUGGCAGCUGCCAUCAGGAAGAAUCGGAGAGAGUCCUCCUCCGGUGGGGAAGAGGAGGACCAGGCGGAAGAGCAGGAGGAGGAGACCCAGAGACACGUUCGUGGCCGGAAGCUGCGGGUGGCCUCCAGGGUGUCUUAUAAAGAGGAGGAGAGUGGGAGUAACAAGGCCAGCAGUGCCUCUGACUUUGAGCUCUCCAGUGGGGAAACUCAUCAUCCAUCUGAUGAGGAUUCUGAGCCUGGUCCUUCAAAGCAGAGGAGGGCUCCAGCCUCCCAAGGGACAAAGGCAGGAUCAAAAAGUAAAUCCAGGACCCAACAUGGAAGCCAACAUAAGCACCCUGGCUUUCCAGCAGCAUCUACAAACUCUUCGAGCACUAAGAGUAAGAGAAGCAAGAAAAUGUCCAGCGAUGGUGAGGGGACAGAAAGAGGAAAAGCAGCUGGUGUGGACCAGUGGCUAGAGGUGUUCUGUGAGCAGGAGGAAAAGUGGGUGUGUGUGGACUGUGUGCAUGGUGUGGUAGGCCAGGCUCUGACAUGUCACAAGUAUGCCACCAAGCCCAUGACCUACGUUGUGGGCAUUGACAAUGAUGGCUGGGUCCGGGAUGUCACCCAGAGGUAUGACCCAGUCUGGAUGACAGUGACCCGCAAGUGCCGAGUUGAUGCCAAGUGGUGGGCUGAAACCUUGAGACCCUACCAGAGCCCACUGGUGGAAAGGGAAAAGAAAGAAGACUUGGAGUUUCAGGCAAAGCACCUGGACCAGCCUUUGCCCUGUGUCAUUGGCACAUAUAAGAACCACCCUCUAUAUGCCCUGAGGAGGCAUCUCCUGAAAUACGAGGCCAUCUAUCCUGAGACAGCCUCGAUCAUUGGAUAUUGUCGUGGGGAAGCUGUCUACUCCAGGGAUUGUGUGCAUGUCCUGCACUCCAGGGACACAUGGCUGAAACAAGGAAGAGUGGUGAGGCUUGGAGAAGUGCCCUACAAGAUGGUGAAAGGCUAUUCCAACCGGGCCCGGAGAGCCCGCCUUGCUGAGCCCCAGCUGCAGGACCAAAAUGACCUGGGCCUGUUCGGCAGGUGGCAGACAGAGGAGUACCAGCCACCCGUGGCCGUGGGUGGAAAGGUCCCCCGGAAUGAAUUUGGGAACGUGUACCUCUUCCUGCCCAGCAUGAUGCCCGUUGGCUGUGUCCAACUGAAUCUGCCCAACCUGCACCGUGUGGCUCGUAAGCUGGGCAUCGACUGUGCUCAGGCCAUCACUGGCUUCGAUUUCCAUAGGGGCUACUCCCAUCCCAUAACUGACGGGUAUGUAGUCUGCGAGGAAUACAAAGAUGUGCUCCUGGCCGCCUGGGAAAAUGAGCAGGCACUCAUCGAAAAGAAGGAGAAGGAGAAAAGGGAGAAGCGGGCUGUAGGGAACUGGAAGCUGCUGGUUAAAGGGCUGCUCAUCAGGGAGAGGCUGAAGCUGCGCUAUGGGGACAAGAGUGAGGCAGCAGUUCCCCCUGCAGCAGAAGGUGGACUCUCUUCUGAUGAAGAGGAAGGAACCAGCUCUCAGGCAGAAACGGCCAGGAUCCUGGCUGCUUCCUGGCCCCAAAACCGAGAGGCUAAGGAAGAGCAGAAGGCAAAGUGCCCUAAGAAAACCAGAAGGGAAAAGGCGGCAGCUUCCCACCUGUUCCCAUUUGAGAGGCUAUGAUGAGUGGCAGCCUCGUGAUAGGCUCUGCCCCGCGGGCCCCACAUGUGCUGCAGGGGAUGCCCAGGCCCAGAGCUGGCAGCAUCUCCGCUGAGAAGGCAAACAGGCAUCGGGUGGGGCAGACAAGGAUCUGAGAGACAGAGGGUCAGAUUGAGGUGGGGCUGCAGGUCUGGUCUGAGCCUAGACUUCGUCAUAACCACUUGAUAGGGUGGGCCUUCGAAGCUUUUUGCUCCCGUACCCUAUGCCUUGAGCUACAGAACACUACCCUGGAGAGACCCUCCUGCACCUAGACUUGGUUCUUCCCAUUUUUGGAAAUGAGUUUUCUUUAGAAACAACUGGGAAAUUUUUCAGACCAUGGCCCAUGAGGAAUGCACCAGUCCUUUUUUCCAGGCAGAUCUUCAUCUGUCAGACGUUUGUGCUCUUGCCUGUCUUGCAGACUUCGGACCCUCUCUCUGCAGGCCAGGCCACUCAUUUUCCCUUGGUCAGGUGUACUAAUAUUGCUGAAUGCUGUCCCUUAUAGUAUGGCGAGCACAGGUCAUCUCAGAUUGUGGCAUUGUUGGGACCUACUUUUCAAAGCUACAUUUCAUGAUGACAGAAGACUAGAAUUCAGAACCAAAAUCAGGAAGAUCAAAAAGGCAAACCUCUCAGAAUUAAAGAAGUACUAGUAAAAGUGGAUCAUUGUUAAAACAGAAUCUGUUCAUUACUGGAUCAAUUUCAUAAAGCUCUAUGCACUAUGGAUAUUCAGGAGAAAUAACAUUUUGAGAAAAAAUAAAGCAUUUAUCUAAAAAG